AUGCUGCUGCUGGUGCUCCUGGCUCUGCUGGGCCCCGCUAGCUGCCCCAGGACUGAGCCCCUCAGUAGAUCCAGCCAGGACCCCAUAUUUCAUGGGGCGGAUCGCUAUGACUUCGCCAUCAUCAUCGCUGCAGGCACCAUGGAAUGCUUCUGGCAGUUUGCACAACAGAAUGGGAACUUCUUCUUCAGCUAUGAGGUCCAGCGUGCAACGGGAAUUGGCAACAACAGGAACAUCCUGGUCACAGCGAGCGACCCCAGCGGCUUCCAGCUUGGUGCUUCCCAGCACGUGCGAGGACAGAUCAACUUCCUCACCAAGGAGAAAGGUUUCUACCAGCUCUGCCUGAACAACCAGCAAAACCACUUCGGCUUCAUGCAGGUGUAUCUCAACUUUGGUAUCUACUAUGAAGGCUUCAACACAGACAACGAGCAGCCGGAAGAGAGGAAAGAACUGAAUGACACCCUGGAGGCAAUUGGGGUCAGCACCCAGAAGCUGCAGCUCCACAUCUUCCACAUGUGGCGGUUCUACAACUUUGCCCGGAUGCGGAAAGCGUCCGACUCCUUCCUCCUGGAGUCCAACUACAAGUACAUCAACUGGUGGUCGAUGGCUCAGAGCUGUGCCAUUGUUCUCUCCGGGGUGCUGCAGCUCUACUUCUUGAAGCGCCUCUUCAACGUGCAAGCCUCCAGCAGGCAGAAGUGCUAG